AUUUCUAGUUGUGGGGCAAAACGAAACCAAUGUUGUCAACGCAAUUUCAAUUUAUAAAUUUUUGAAAUUUUUUUUUAAAUAUUAUAAACACCGUUUUUAAAAAUUUUGUAGUAUAGAAAAACUGAAUUAAUUAAAAUAUGUGAAAAUUAAUUAGAUAAAAUGUAGAUUUUUAACUGACAAUAAAUAACAACUGACAUCGUUUAUUUAUACAAACGACAAUGACAGUUUGAUGCAGUUACAAAGAUGAGUCAACAAGAGAUGUAAAGAUAAGAAAAUAAGUAGAACUAAACUAUUGAGAAAGUUUAUUAAUAAAAAAAAACCUGAUAAAUAAUAUUUAUAAUGCCUAGAAAAACAGAAAAUUCCAAAAGAAACCAUACCGGAAAGUCUUUAUCACAAUAUGGACUGUUCGAUAUACCUACUGAUUUUGAUACUGGUUUAAACGAUGAAGAUGAUGAUGAUGAAGACUUGGAAGCUGAACUUGCAGCAUUAGCCGGAGGUGGACCAGCUAAACAACCAAAAAGGCCUCCUAGAAAAAUAAUUCCUCAAAAAGAAUUGGAUUCAAUGAUCUCUAAUUCAUUAAAAGAUGAAGUUGAUGAAGAUGAUGAUGAAUCUAUAGAUGAAAAUGAUCCAGAUUUGCUUAGCGAAUUAAAUGCAAUUAGUGGUGGAGCUGAAGAAGAACCUGUAGAAGAUUCUCCUUCAUCUCAUGAAGAAGAACCUACUGCCAGUAGCUCUGGAACCAUCGAUAUUCUUACAGGGAGGCUGAAGAAUUAUGAAAUUUGUGAAACCAAAGCAAAAGAAUCAGGGGAAACAAUGAAAGCAAAAAGAUACAGUAGAGCUAUAAAAACUUUAAAAGACCUUAUUAAACAGGCACAACUAGGAAAACCAAUAGAUUUAAAUGAUGAAAGCGUUCCUCCAGAUAUUCAUCCUCCUACUUCAACCCCUAGUCAUCCAAAACCAUCUACACCGCCUUCAGAAAUAUCUUCCCCUUCAGAACCACUUGAUCAAGAAUCUCCUGCAGAAACUCCUAGUUAUGAUCCCGGCACAUUAAAUGCCCUUUUAGAACGACAAAAAGAAUACAAAGUGGCUGCACUCAAAGCUAAACAUUCAGGAAAUGCUCAAAAAGCAGUUCUAUUUUUAAAACGAGCUAAACAGUUUGACGCUGUUAUUACAGCCCUUAAAAACGGCCAACCUAUAGAUUUAUCAAAUAUGCCUGGCCCGCCGGAUGAAACCAGUGUUCCAGAACCGCAAGUUCAAGAAAAUGAAGUUCAACAAAACAGCUCAAAAUCAACUGAUGAUAAUGCACCUGCUGUAGCUGUAGCGGAACCUUCACCUGCUGCUGCUGCUGUAGCUGAACCUACACCAAGUCUUAUAACAGCUACUACUGUUCUUGAAGCUCUACAACAAAGGUUGGCAAUUUAUCAACAGCAAGAAGCAAAAGCAAAAGAAGAAAAUAAUUCAAGUAAAGCUCGAAGAUAUGGGAGAAUUAUAAAACAGUUUGAGCAAGCAAUCAAAGCAAAUAAGGCUGGAAAAAGUUUUAAUUACGAAGAACUACCAACUCCUCCAGGUUUUGCACCGAUUCCUGGUUUACAACAGUCUGCACCGCAACCUGCUGCAGAUCCUUCACCUGCACAACCAAGUAGACCUGCUCCAGUUCCUAGUGCUAGUGGAGAAAACAGUAAAUCAAGUGCACCUAGUCCUAGCGGUAAAACUGGAGUGACAGUGCAUAAACAGACAGAAGCUGAUAAACAAAUGAAAAUUCUAAUAGCCAAACAAAAACAAUUCAAACUAGCUGCAUUAGAUGCGAAAAAGAGAGGCGAAAUAUCACAAGCUAAGGAAUUCUUGAGACAAGCAAAAGGAUUUGAUAAAUUGAUUGAGGCGUCGAUAGCAGGACUUCCUGUAGAUUGGUCAUCAAUCCCAGUAUCUCCAGAUGCUAAGUCACAGUUGGACAAUGAAUAUAAUAUUGCUAUAACGACAGAAAAUGAUGAAACAGUUGCAGUUGAAGAUAGUGAUCUUUUCGCCAGAUUAGAAAUUCAACUACAAAAACAACUAAAAAUGUGCCUUACAACUAGAGAUCAUAACAAAGCAAUUGGCGACAUUGCAGGAAUGAAUAGAUUCGAAAGGUUUGGUUUGAAUGUAGCAAAGGAUUUAGAUGUGAUUAGAGCAGCGAAGAAAGAAGGCAGGAUUCCUAAAUUCCAUUAUGAAAGUAAAGAAUUUGCUAUUGUUAAAGUUUUCACAGACAUAAGCGAUAAUGAUAUCGAAAUCUGUAUACACAGAGGACUUAAUAUAUCCACAGAUAAAGAUGUAGAUACUUAUGUUAAGAUGGAAUUUCCAUAUCCACAGGAAACUCCUUUUAGUGAUAGAACAUCUACUAUUAAAAAUACGAAUAAUCCGGAAUAUGGGAAAACUUUUGUUAUACCAAUUCAAAGGAAUUCAAGGCAAUGUCAGAGGGUUUUUAAAAGACACAGUAUAAAAUUCGAAGUAUAUUCCAAAGGAGGGUUCUUCAGGAGCGACGUUCUAAUAGGAACUGUUAAUGUUAAAUUACAACAGUUGGAAACACAAUGUGAAAUUCAUGAUACGUUCGAUCUUUUGGAAGGUAGAAAAAAGGUAGGAGGUAAAUUGGAAAUCCAAGCGAGGUUGAGAACACCGAUCCAAACUCAACAAGUCGAACAAAUUCAAGAAAAAUGGUUAGUCGUUGACGGUUGAACCAACACUGCCAUAAAAUGUAUUCGUUCAUUGUGGCAAUUACAGCUUUAUAAUAUUUAUCGUUUUGAGAUAUUUUUACAUCACAAAAAUGGAUAAAUCGAAAUAUUUUGUGACAAAAACUAUUCAAAUGGGUAUUCUGAUCUAGAAACUAACAUAAAAAAAAUGAAAAACAUUUUUACUAUCCAUUUUUUUAUACAGUAUAACAUCGUAAAUCCGGAAUCAUUGGAAAAGGAUUGGUUCCGGAUUUUAGAUUUUUCAUAUUUGAAUACAUUUAGGGUGGCGCCAUCUAUCGCGCUAACAGGAAAUCAUUUGCAACAUUACAUAAUAAUGUAAACAUAGGGAGAGGUAUGCAUAAAAUAAAAUAAAAUCGCGUUUAAUACUGCACAAAAAUACAUUUAUAAAAUAAUGAUAAUAAUAAUAAACAAAUCAAAUACUUCAAAAACAAUUUCUUCAUGCUAUCGUUAUUUAUGGUGUCAAAUACAGAAGCUAAAAACUACGAUACAAACGAAUCAGUCCGGAUUUUAGAUAUUCCGCGUUUUAGAAGUCCGGAUUUACGAUGUUCAACUGUAUAAAAAUCAGAAUUUUAAUAAAUUACAUACCGGUAAAUUGGGUGGCUAAAAAAAACGAUGCACCCUGAUUGAUAUGAUUCCACCCUUUGUAGUGGUCUAGAACAAAAAAAAUUUGAAAAA